AUGAAGCUUACUAAACACAGUUGGUUUCUUGAGUAUUGUGAAAAAACUACAUCACCCUGUAUGAAUUAUUUUUCAACAAAGCAUAGAUCACUUAUAGAAAAAUCGUUUUGGAUUCUUAUAUUUGUUCUGAUGAUAUCAAUAACACUUAAAGCACUGAGCGUUUUGGCGAGUGUUUGGAUUAAUAACCCAACAGUAAUGUUUAUUGAAAAUACAGAAUCGCCAAUUCGAGAAAUACCCUUCCCGUCAAUCAUGAUUUGCCCGUCAAGUCAACUUCGAAAAUCCGUUUGGGAAAAAUAUAUGGACACGAACAGUUCUUAUUGGGAUAAUCUUAAAAUAUAUAGGGAUAAGAUAUGUUCUGUCAGUUUUUAUUCUCAUGGAUUGGAACAAAGUUUAAGGGAAUAUAUUGACUACAAUGUAAUAAAGAAUUGUUUGCACGAUUGUGGGAUUAGUUGUUCAGAAGUAUUUCAGUCUGAUGGUAAAUGGCAGAAUACAACGUUGAGAAAUGUUUGCGAAUAUAUUCAACCAAUAAUAGGCAUAUUUGGAUUAUGUUUUACAAUUAACAUGAUGCCAUUAAACCAAAUUUUUAAAGAUGAAUAUUAUCAAAGGUAUUCUGAUUUUUUUUCAAAAAACAUUACGUAUGUUAAUGCCGGUAAAUCAAAUUGGAAUUUAGAUGAUGGAUACUCAUUUUAUUCGAAACAACAUACUAUCGUUGACGUGACUCCUGCUCGAACGAGUGGCGUUAGUUAUAAUCAUCGUUUAAGAUUGAUGCUACACACUUCGGAUGACGAUUUCUUGAGUUGUGCUAAUCUGGGCAUUGAAAAAGGUAGAUUUGUGAUAACGUUUUCUAAUCCAGCUGAAUAUUAUUCAUUAACUCCUAGAAAAUUUAUUACACCAGACACAUAUACAAAAAUACAAAUCACUCCGUUCGUGAAAAAAAUUAAUUCGGACUUAAUGUGGCGUUCACUGGAAAUUAGACAAUGUUAUUUGCAAGACGAAAGACAGCUAUCCAUUUUUAAACAAUACACCGAAUUAAAUUGUAACCAUGAAUGUGAAAUAAACAAAACUAUUUCCAUGUGUGGCUGUAUAAUGUUCCAAGGAGCAUUAGAUGCAACCAAGUUUCCGGAAAAUCAAAUGGAGUGUAAUUGUUUGCCAACAUGUUCUAUGAUCGAAUAUGAAGUAAUAGAUACAUCUCAUUUCGACGAUUGGAAUUACAUGAAAUUAACAAAUUUAGUUAAAAAUAAUUCUAGAGGUGCCACGAUCGAGUUUGUUUUCAAAAAACCUUAUUUUACGGCAUACACAUCCGCAUCGAUAUUAAACCUGAAAUCACUAAUUAGUAACGUUGGAGGAUUAUUAAGUUUGUUUUUGGGAAUAAAUUUAAUCAAUAUUCUUGAAAUACUAUAUGUGUUAAUUAAAAUAUUCGAUAAUUAUAUUAUUAGUUUGUUUUUU